AUGUCGCCAUCCAGAACCACUGGUAUCAAUUCCACCGCAUCUUUUAUAAGUCACACGUCUGAUGAUGACUCGACCGGGCUCAAUAUCGUUCCCUGCUCCUUCACGGGAUGCGCCGCCAAAAUCGACGGUAGCCGCCAGAUUUUGUGCGAGGUGCAUCUGCAGCUCCUCUCCCCAACUGACAAAAAUUGGGAUUCCGGCCAAACAAAUGGCACCCGCGCGACACAGACCCCAACGGGCGCCUCAGAUCCUCUUUUGCGGCCUCUGUCAGCCACAAAUCCAAGAAAACUGUUGCCAGAAACUGACAAGGACCGGCCAAUCAUGAGACGCAAAACCGCCGGGAACCCGCCCCAACUCAACGCGCAACAACCAACACCGAAGCACAACAUUUUUCCGCCUUCGUCUCGGCCUUUAGCACCUCGCCCCCCUGCCGACUCGGCCCCGGAGAGUCCUGGGUCCCCUGAAGAUGGAGAGCCCCGGAGGAAACGACAGAAACUUUCGCCAAAACCCAAAGUGAAUGGGGCGGUACCAUUCGAGCCUGCCCGAAGCCCCCAGUUUAGUCGCCAUGCACCAAACCUGCAUUUCCAGGCAGGUAAAGCGCGAGAGAAAGAGGCCAAGCCUGGGGUGAAAUCCGCCUUCAGGCACCUUCCUUUGAAGAGGGUACCCCUCCAGGUCUCUAAUCUGCGAUUUAUCGGGGGGCCAGACGAGGCUACCUCGGGCGUACUCUCCGAGCAAUCGAGUUCCGGGCUGAACGGGUUUGCUGGGAAUGCUCAUCGACGCAGUUCCGAAGUGUCAGAAUUGUCUUCCGACAGGGAGAUGAAAGACUACUUUGGGAGGAAGACGAGCAGCGCAGCUUCGUCUACUACCCUCACGGAAUCGCUGGAUGACACUGCCCGUUUCGACUCACUCAUCUACACCCAGCGAGACGCCUCCUCGCCGCCUCCUGGAGUAGACCUAACCCCCACCAGUCUCCCGCCGCCGCCACCACCAACUCAAUCCGCGACUAGCACGGCCACAGAAACCCCAUCCCAAAGCCAACCUCAGGACGAGCCCCUGUAUCUAGACAUUGACCCGCGCAUCCACUGGCCACAGGAGCACUCAGCGGCUUGGCACGCCACGAAGCUCGCUGAGAUACGGGCACGCGGGAACAGGAAGGCCAACUUUGGCCGCGCCGCCCAGUCGCUACGGAGACAGCAGCGCGAGGCCGAAGCGCGAGCAGUCCCCUUCGAGGAGACCCUGCCCGAAAAGAUGGCCGAAAACCCCGCGUGGGUGAGGGUGCUGAAGCGGUUGAGGGGUCUGCCGCUGGUUGGCGCUGGUGCUGGUGCUGGUGCUGGUACCGGCGCGGGGUCGGCUUCUUCUGCGUCUGGUCUGGAUGAAGAUUGGGCUGGUGGUGGUGGGGCCAAUGGGUACGGGAAUGGGGCUGAUAGGAAAACGCGGAAACAUGGGAAUAGUAAUGGUGGUUGUGUCACGAGCAAGAGGGUUGGCAAUUCGGGCUUGGUGAUUGUGUCUGGGCUGAAUGGCGCGCAAAUGAAGUCCAUGAGGCAGUUCGACGGGAACGUGUAG